CCACCAGCCGCCACCAUGUACCGGUACUUCGGAGAGUUACUCACCCGGGGAGCGGGCCUGGCCUCCGGCUGCAGCGCCACCGAGUCCGCGCUCCCCGCGGCGGCGGCGGCUCUGCUGCGGCACCGCGGCUACAGCCAGACCGUGGACCGGGACGACGACCCCAACUUCUUCACCAUGGUGGAGGGCUUCUUCGACAAGGGAGCCGCUAUCGUGGAGGACCAGCUGGUGGCGGACCUGAAGACCCGGGACAGCCCCGAGCAGAAGAGGAAGACGGUCCGCGGGAUCCUGGGGGUCAUCAAGCCGUGUAACCACGUCCUGAGCGUCUGCUUCCCCAUCAAGAGGGACAGCGGCGAGUGGGAGGUGAUCGAGGCGUACCGGGCCCAGCACAGCCAGCACCGGACCCCCUGCAAGGGAGGUAUUCGUUACAGUAAUGACGUGUCUAUAGACGAGGUGAAAGCUCUGGCCUCGCUGAUGACGUACAAAUGUGCUGUGGUUGAUGUUCCGUUUGGUGGAGCCAAAGCCGGAGUGAAGAUCAACCCAAAGAAUUAUUCAGACAAUGAGCUGGAGAAGAUCACCAGGAGGUUCACCAUCGAACUCGCCAAGAAAGGUUUCAUCGGACCUGGUAUCGACGUUCCUGCCCCAGACAUGAGCACCGGGGAGAGGGAGAUGUCCUGGAUCGCAGACACCUACGCCACCACCAUGGGCUACCUGGACAUCAACGCUCACGCCUGUGUCACCGGGAAGCCCAUCAGCCAGGGAGGGAUCCACGGCCGCAUCUCGGCCACCGGCAGAGGCGUCUUCCACGGCAUCGAGAACUUCAUCAACGAGGCGGCGUACAUGAGCCAGCUGGGAAUGUGUCCCGGCUUCCAGGACAAGACCUUCGUCAUCCAGGGCUUCGGCAACGUGGGGCUUCACUCCAUGCGCUACCUCCAUCGCUCCGGAGCCAAAUGUGUCGGGGUCGCAGAAAUGGACGGAAGCAUCUGGAACCCCAACGGCAUCGACCCCAAAGAGCUGGAGGACUACAAACUGGAGAACCGGACGAUCGUGGGCUUCCCGAACUCGACGCCGUACGAAGGAAGUCUCCUUGAGGCCGAGUGCGACAUCCUGCUGCCGGCCGCCGGGGAGAAGCAGCUGACCAGGAGCAACGCACACAAGAUCAAAGCCAAGAUCAUCGCCGAGGGCGCCAACGGGCCGACCACGCCCGAGGCCGACCGCAUCUUCCUGGAGAGGAACAUCAUGGUGAUCCCGGACAUGUAUCUGAACGCCGGUGGUGUCACGGUGUCCUACUUCGAGUGGUUGAAGAAUCUGAACCACGUCAGUUACGGUCGACUCACCUUCAAGUAUGAGCGAGAGUCCAACUACCAACUGCUCAUGUCGGUUCAGGAGAGUUUGGAGAGAAAGUUUGGGAAACAUGGAGGAGCCAUCCCCAUCGUGCCCACCUCCGAGUUCCAGAACAGGAUCUCUGGAGCAUCUGAGAAGGACAUUGUUCACUCAGGCCUGGCCUACACCAUGGAGCGCUCUGCCAGGCAAAUCAUGAGAACAGCCAACAAGUACAACUUGGGUCUCGACCUGCGGACGGCGGCGUACGUCAACGCCAUCGAGAAAGUCUUCCAUGUUUACAGGGACGCUGGUCUCACCUUCACAUAGACUCACCUCCAUCCACCUGCACGUCUGUUACCUGUCUGUUACCUGUCUGUUACCUGUCUGUUACCUGUCUGUUACCUGUCUGUUACCUGUCUGUCCCCUGUCUGUCCCCUGUCUGUCCCCUGUCUGUCCCCUGUCUGUCCCCUGUCUGUCCCCUGUCUGUCCCCUGUCUGUCCCCUGUCUGUCCCCUGUCUUCAGAGCAGAGUUUACAGUUCCUUGUGGCAGUCUGAUGAAGAUGCUGAAUCCCUGCGUCUGUUUCUUUCUGCUCACAAUCUAUUUUUCUCUUGAAUUAACGGAGAAACCUCAGGUCUUCAGCUUUAAAAGGGGCGUGUCCCCACUGUGCUGCUCCCUCACGAAUCCUUAGUCAUCCUGAAUAGAGAGAUUUGAGUAUAUAUAAUUACUGUUAUCUAAAAUAAGCCUUAAUACCACAGAGACGUGACACCAUUUGCCUGAGAUACACAUUGAGGCCAAAAGUAUGCGCACACCCUCAUUUUAUAUAUUUAUGAAAAUAUUUCUAUUCAAUAAAUAAUGGAAUUUUUACUUCCAUUAACAAUUUACGAUAAUUUUCUAAACAUUUCUCGAAAGUAUUAGAAUCGGCUUUAAGACGAGACAACGGAUAAUCCUAGUCAAAUCAUUAUCUGAAGCAAAAGUAAUAGAAUAUCUUUCCUGAUAUUAACAUGAACAUCAGAUAAUCUCUAACAACUCCCUCUGGACCUAGAGAUUAUCCUCUGAUAACGAGGGAUUAUUGUUUCGGGGAGAGGAGUAAAGCACAGACACGGAAUGAUCCUGUUAUUGAUUUGAAAUGGAACAGGAGCCCAGUGUCAGGUGUCCACAUACUUUUGUCCAGUUGUGUACUUGCUGUUCUUUUUGUAUCGUGCGUCGCACACGUGCCUCAGGACCUCAGCUUUGAUAUCGACUUUAUUAAAAGAUCAUUCCUGUGUC